GUUCGCGUCUAGUGAGAGAUCGCGGCCAUUAUAUUUAUAAAAGUGCCUUCUUCUUCGAUACCGGAUACCCUGCUCUCCCGCGGUGCGUGCGAUGACGUCAUUGACGUUUGGUGCGGCACGGGUUCUGUGGAACGAAAUUAGCAGACACGAGCGAACCCAAUAUGAAGUUGAUGUGUACACGUUUCUGGUUCUUUAACUGAGAUAUUUUAAGUUCGAUUUAAAUUCUAAUCCUAUUUUAAAUCGCAGUUUCAUUCAUCGGUAGCCAUCUUUGUGGCUUGUGGAGUAUUUGUUAUUGUUUAUUGUCCAGAGUAUUGUAAUCAUAAUGGCGGAAAAGACUCUGCUAAUUCCCGAGGGUUGUUUCCCAACACAUCCACACUUGAGUCCUAUUUUACCAAAAGCCAAUAUACCGAAAGGACCUAGAUGUUUAAAAUGUAUUGAUGCAUGCCCAGGAUUAGAAGUACAUUUCUGGAGGAAAGUGUGUAAACAUUGUCGAUGUCCUCAGGAAGAUCAUGAUAUACAGGCAGACAGAGAAAGAGAUUUUAGACCAAUCAGUUUAUUGUUUGAUUCCACAUUCUCCUCAACUGACGGCAAAUCUGAUUGGAUGGCUAAAUUUGAGAAAUUGAACCUUCAGGACCCUCGUGUUAUGAUGCAGAUGUGUGCCCCCCAACAAGAUAUGGUCAUUUCUCGACUUAUCAGUGAAAAUUUGAGAUCUCAAAAAUAUGUUUCCAUGUUACCGGAAGACAAACAAGAGUUUGCUACACAACUUCGUAGACGCCAAUUACAACGACAGCUUCCCCUGCACGACCUUGAUCCAAGAUUCUGUAACAGUCUCACAGACAAGGAAUUACCCAAAUAUGAAAAAUUUGCAGAAAAGCGGCGAAAGAAGGCGGCGGGUAUCGGGAAUAUUGGAGAAGUGGAUUCAAGUUGUGGUUGUGUGAAGUGUCAUUGUUGUAAGGGAGUGAUGGAGAAUAAAUGUGUAGCUGUGUUCGCAGGUAGAAUGGUGGGCACCUGUUGGCAUCCGGGUUGUUUUACCUGUAAAUCCUGUAAAGAAUUAUUAGUAGAUAAUAUAUAUUUUUAUAAAGGUGCUGAAAUAUAUUGUGGUAGACAUUAUGCUGAUCUCUUAUACCCUCGCUGUUUUGCUUGUGAUGAGAUUAUUUUCGCCAGAGAAUAUACACAAGCCGAGAAUCGGUCCUGGCACGUUCAGCAUUUCUGUUGUUGGUAUUGUGAUGCACCAUUAGCCGGCCAGAGAUAUAUCGCCAAAAAUAAUAAUCCUUAUUGCAUUGUUUGUUUUGAUAGACUUUUUAGUAAGAUUUGCAGCACUUGUCAAAGACCAAUUACAGCCGAUUCUCCCGGUAUGACUCACGGUGAUCUUCACUGGCACGCAUGCCCACACUGUUUCAGCUGUCACGUGUGUGGUACGAGCUUAAUAAACAACCACUUCCUGUUAAGAGAGGGCAAUUUAUACUGCAGUGUGGACUGUCGACAGCGGACACUUAAUGUGCAUCAAGCUUCAUUGGCCAGGAAUUAUGCUACAUAGUAGUGUGAAGUGUAAAGCGUUACAUCAAUCUAAUGGAAAUUAGAUUACAAUUUCGUUUCAGUUUGAUUUUAUGAUGUUAACAUUUUCAUCCAACCUACUGUCUCCAAGCCGCGACCCUCCAGGCCCAUCCGUGCAGCAACGCCGUGCGUUGCUGUUUGUUCUGUCCUUUUGAGGUUGUGGUCCUGGGUCUCUAAAGAUUGGGGACCCUUUGAUCCAUAGUGAUAUCAAGUCAAGCAUACCCCGGGGGCAGGGAGGAAUAUAAGUUCACGUGAUAUGUACACCGACCACUCGGCAAACCUCGGCAGAUGUAGGCUACUGGAAUCUGAUAAGGUUUUACCCGAGUGGUACACCGACUUCAAAAAAAGUAUGUCAGAUUUAAAUAUCGUACAACAUCAAAAUGAAACGGAACGAAAUUGAAAUAUGAUUAAAAUCAGAUUGUGGAUGUUAGGUCAAUCAAAUCAUCCUGUAGUUUCAUUAACUAGUGUGGACAUCUAAUUUAUUAUGCUUGUUUUAUAUUUUUAUAAACUCUAUUAAUGUAGAUGUAGAUUAUUUUGAUAAUGACGGUGUAAAAAAGGCCUCGAGUGGGGUAUAGGCCCUAGGCCUAUAUAUAAUAUAUGUGUAGGUAAUGUGUGAUUAUAUAUAACAAUGCUUUUGGUGUAAAUGAGCUACAGUUUAAAUGUACGGAAAAAUUGAUGGUGUCGAGUUGUCUAUGCCUGCGCUUUAGAUCAUAAGGUCGGUCAUUGAGUUAAUGACCUGGUGUUGUGUCGAGUGGUCUAACGCCUGCUCUUUAUAGCAUAAGGUCGGGCAUUGAGUCAAUCAGCUAUAGUGUUAGUGGACGUUAAGCCCAAGUUCUCUUUCUAUGUAAGGUCUCAAUAUGCAUUUGAGGACACUGGGCCCUUUUCCGUUAUCGGAUAUAACGAUCUCGUCUUACUAUAGAUAGCCGUCUGGCGAAUCAUGCCAUUUCACGAGAAGAGACCAAGACUACACGGUGGUAACAACACACAAAGAAGGCGUCAUGACUCAAGUAAACAUUUGAUGGUUCUAACUUACCUUAUCAUUGAACCAUUUAAAUAACAAUCUGUGGACAGUAUAUAUUUAUACUGCGUUUUGUUCUAAAUAGUUAAAAAGUCGGUAGUUACUUUCAGUCUGGAAUAUAGGUUGCUAAGCAACGAUAGACACUAACAACUCAUUUGUUUAAUGAUGGAGAGAGAAAUGGAGUUUUAACGUCCACUCGACACAAACUAGGUCAUUUCGGGACUAACAUAUGGUUUAAUUUUAUUUCAAUAAUUCGCUUGCGCGUAGGUGUCUUUAGCAGUGGGAGGAAACCGGAGGACCCGGAGAAAACCCACGAGGUUGGACAGACAACCCUAUUCCUUGUCACGUAGCACCGGGGAUUCGAAACUACGCCAGAUGACUCAGUGACAGGCCUUAUGAUACAGCGCGCGCGUGAUAUCCAUUCGGCCAUCCGACCCCCCUUGUUUAAUGAUGGACAAGCGUAGAAGAUGGGUUCCAAAUGAAUUUCUUUUGUUGAUGGUUAUGCGUGUUAUGUUUUUAACCAGGAACUUGUUGCAUAUAUACUUGGCAAUAUUCUUCUUCUUGGGGCGGCGCUAUUAAAAAAACACCCAAUUCGAGUAUAUGAUCGAUAUCAAACUUGACUGGCUUGUUCCUCGUUUGAUAAGGUGCUUCAAUUCCAAGAUGGCUCCGAUGACGUCAUGCCCGAUUCCUGGUUCAGAUAGUAUGCGCGUGGGCUACUUGUUUGUUGAAUGAAUUAAUUUGUUUAAGAGUUUUUGUACGAAAGAAAUUUUUGCAUGAUAUUUUAGCCUAAUAUUAUUAUUAUAUAUAUUUAUGGUGGUGAACACUGCUGAAGAAAUGAAGAACGGGAGGAAUAACGUCUCUGUUUCAUGUACAAAAUAGAGGUGUCAAUUUGAUAAAAGGUGUGCUAAGAAUACAAUAGCCAUAUAAUAUAUUUAUAUAGUUCUUGCCGCACUACGUCACCUUUUAAACCAACCCUGGCUGAUACAAAUGACGCUUCGGGGGGUUAUAAAAUUUCAUUAAAACAAAGAACCUAUUUCGUUUUUAAUGUUUAAAAUUUGGGUUCAAGGAAACCAUUGAACGCAUUUAUAAGUGGCAUUUUCUGAUGAAAAAAAAGUAAGGUGUAUUUUUGAUACCUUUUAGCUACAAUUUGUGCCUUACUAUAUGUAAUUUUCGUGUAAUUUUAGCAAAUUUAAGUAAUGCUUUUAUAUUUUGUAAAAAAAAACAACAACCUGUAAAUAGGCCUACACUGUGUAUGCUUUGUGGACUUGAACCAUCGAUGUAUGAAUAAAAACCAUAUAAACACA